AGGUUUUUUUUCUUUUUCUUUUUUAUAAUACCUUUGUCAGGACUGGUUUUGUAAAUCUAAAGUUCAUUUUACAAAGGGUUAAAAACUAAUAAAACAAAGCAUUGUUGUCUCUCAUAAGACCAAGUAUGCUUUCGUCAAAGUUAAAUAUUUCUUUGCGAUCGGCAAAAAGAGCAAGUCAUCUGCGUUCAGCAAAUGGAGCCCCACAAAUCAUUACAUGGAGAUCUUAUAAAACUUCAUUUCCGGUUGGGAUUAUGCACCCCCGAUCCCGAUCCAACAUGGAGUCCACAGUGAAACCAAUAAAUAAGGUUCUCGUGGCCAAUCGUGGAGAAAUCGCAAUUCGGGUUUUUCGGGCUUGUACUGAGCUGGGAAUUCGAACGGUUGCUGUUUAUUCUGAGCAGGACACGCAACACAUGCACCGACAGAAAGCUGAUGAAUCUUACUUGAUUGGGAAAGGGCUAAAACCUGUUGAUGCCUAUCUACACAUACCAGAAAUAAUUGCAACUGCUAAGGAUGUUGGUGUUGAUGCUAUUCACCCAGGCUAUGGGUUUUUAUCUGAACGAUCAGAUUUUGCCCAUGCAUGUGUACAAGCGGGGAUUAAAUUCAUUGGACCCACGCCGGAUGUUGUUCAACAAAUGGGAGAUAAAGUCGCUGCAAGAAAGAUUGCUAUUGCUGCAGGUGUUCCAGUUGUGCCUGGUACUGAUGAGCCGGUCACAACACUUGACGAAGCAAAAUCAUUUGUGCAAAAAUAUGGCUUCCCUGUAAUAUUCAAGGCAGCAUAUGGUGGUGGUGGGCGAGGCAUGCGAUUUGUUAAUCAGAUGUCCGAAUUAGAAGACAAUUUCAACCGGGCGGUUUCGGAGGCUGAAAAAGCCUUUGGAAAUGGGUCCAUGUUCAUAGAGCGAUAUUUGGAAGGUCCACGCCAUAUUGAAGUUCAAAUAUUAGGUGAUCAACUUGGCAAUAUGGUUCAUCUUUAUGAGCGUGAUUGUUCAAUUCAACGGAGAUAUCAAAAGGUUGUGGAACUUGCUCCAGCGUUCAAUUUACCCAUUGGUUUACGCCGCAUACUCGCAGAUGAUGCUUUGAAAAUUGCUAAACAUGUCAAUUAUGAAAAUGCUGGGACAGUUGAGUUCUUGUUGGAUGCACAGGGUCGUCAUUAUUUUAUUGAGGUGAAUUCACGAUUACAAGUGGAACACACGAUAACAGAACAAAUAACGGGAGUGGAUUUGGUUCAAUCACAAAUACGAUUGGCUGAGGGAUAUACUUUACCUGAUCUUGGGUUGACGCAGGAAAAGAUUCAAGUUAAUGGCUGUGCAAUACAGUGCAGAGUUACAACUGAAGAUCCUGCCCAUGAUUUUAGACCUGACACUGGAAGGAUAGAGGUGUUCCGUAGUGGAGAGGGCAUGGGCAUUAGACUAGACAGUGCAUCAGCUUUUGCAGGAGCUAUUGUCUCUCCUUAUUAUGACUCGUUACUUGUAAAAGUGAUUUCUCACGCUGGUGACAUGCCGUCAGCUGCCAAGAAAAUGCAUCGUGCGUUGCGUGAAUUCAGGAUACGAGGUGUUAAGACAAACAUCCCAUUCUUACUCAAUGUGAUUCAAGAUGAAACAUUCUUACAUGGAACCAUCACAACCCAGUUCAUUGACAACAACCCACAGUUAUUUAAAAUGCAACCAAGUCAAAAUCGUGCUGGUCGACUUAUGCGUUACUUGGCACAAGUUAUGGUGAACGGACCCUCCACACCACUACCAACAUCAAACAUACCUCCUUACAAUGAACCACAACUACCUGAACUUCCUGCAGGUUCGUCAUCAAACUAUCCUCGAGGUUGGAGGAACGUGCUGCUAGAAGACGGUCCAGAGGAAUUUGCCAAAAGUAUCCGCCAACACAAAGGAUUGUUGUUGACAGACACGACGAUGAGGGACGCUCAUCAAUCACUUCUUGCCACUAGAGUGCGCACCUACGAUCUUGCAAGAAUCGCCCCGUUUGUUUCACAACAGUUGAACGGUUUAUUUUCAUUGGAGAACUGGGGAGGUGCAACAUUUGAUGUUGCUUUACGGUUUCUACAUGAAUGUCCAUGGGAAAGAUUACGUACACUGCGUCAACUUAUUCCGAAUAUUCCAUUUCAAAUGUUACUGCGUGGAGCUAAUGGUGUUGGCUAUACAACAUAUCCAGAUAAUGUUGUUAAGAAGUUUUGUGAGUUGGCUGUUGCAAAUGGAAUGGACAUAUUUCGUAUCUUUGACUCCAUGAAUUAUGUGCCUAACAUGAAACUUGGUAUGGAAGCUGUUGCUGAAGCUGGUGGGGUUGUCGAAGCUGCUAUCUCGUAUACUGGUGAUGUUUCUGACUCAUCAAGGUUAACAAAAUAUGAUCUCAGUUAUUACAUCGGUCUUGCUGAUGAACUUGUGGAGAUUGGAGCUCAUAUCUUAUGCAUUAAGGAUAUGGCUGGUUUGUUGAAACCGCAGGCUGCCAAGAUUCUUAUAUCUGAGUUACGUGAGAGACAUCCUGAUCUUCCCCUUCACGUGCAUACUCAUGACACAUCUGGAGCAGGUGUUGCUUCAAUGUUGGCUGCAGCAGAGGCAGGUGCCGAUAUCAUUGAUGGAGCGAUUGAUUCAAUGUCGGGAAUGACAUCACAACCCAGUAUAGGUGCUCUAGUGACAUCAUGUGAGCGAACUCACCUAGACACAGGAAUCCAAUUGUCAAACUUGUCUAAAUAUAACGAAUAUUGGGAGCAAGUACGACAUCUGUAUGCACCGUUUGAAUGCACAGUUACCAUGAAAUCUGGUGAUUCGAGUGUGUAUAAGCAUGAGAUACCUGGAGGGCAGUACACCAACUUACAUUUUCAAGCUCACGCGAUGGGUCUAGGAAGUCAGUUUUCCAAAAUAAAGGAAAGAUAUAUUGAAGCAAAUCGUUUGUUUGGUGAUUUAAUCAAGGUUACCCCAUCCUCGAAGGUAGUUGGCGACAUGGCACAGUUCAUGGUUCAGAAUAAUUUAUCAGCUGAUGAUGUGAUGGAAAGAGCUGAUGAGUUAUCAUUACCACAAUCUGUCAUUGAUAUGAUGAAAGGGUUAAUUGGUUACCCACCUGGGGGUUUUCCUGAACCACUAAGAAGCAAAAUUUUACGAGGGGAAUCCCCAAUUGAGGGAAGGCCUGGAGAGUCUUUGCCUGCAUUGGAUUUUAAAUCCUUAAAAGAUGAAAUGAUCGAAGAACAUGGUUCGUUUGUCACCGAUGAGGACGUUAUGAGUGCAGCUAUGUAUCCAAAGGUGACAAAUGAUUAUCUUCACCAUUAUGCUGAGUUUGGACCUGUUGAUAAACUAGACACACCUCGCUUCCUAAUUGGACCAAAAAUUGCGGAUGAGUUUAAAGUAACAUUGGAACCAGGAAAAACACUUCAUAUCAAACCAUUGGCGGUCGGGGAUUUGAAACCAGAAACUGGGGAACGCGAAGUCUUUAUGGAGCUUAAUGGCCAACUAAGGACGGUUGCUGUUAAAGAUAAUGAAGCCAUGAAAGAAAUGAAUUUUCAUCCAAAAGCACGAGUUGGUGUAAAAGGCUCCAUUGGUUGUCCGAUGCCUGGAGAUAUACUGGAGGUCAAAGUUCAAGUUGGUGAUAAGGUCACUAAAGGUCAACCGCUGUUGGUGGUCAGUGCUAUGAAAAUGGAAAUGGUGGUUGCUGCAACCAUGGACGGUGUGAUUAAGCAAGUGGAGGUUACCAAGGGCAUGCAUGUAGAAGGAGAUGACCUUCUGGUAGAAAUGGAAUAAAAACAUUAUUUUAAUGAGCUGCUAUUUUGUGCAAUGUAGAAAUGUAUUGAUUAUUUGGUGUUACAAAACGUUUGCACAUGCAGUAACAUACUACAUCAGUGGUGUCCAAACAUUUUUAGGUAUUUGGCUUGACUCGAGUCGCACCCGGAGCGUUAAACAUGACCGUUUUAACUCAAAACCGACUAGCCAUUACAAGAAUUACACUUGUUGGCAACAUUUCUGGCCUUACAGUUUCAAAGCAUAAAAUAGUGUUUUAUUUUAUUUUUGUUGUUUAGUAGCGCAUAACAUAGAAAAAGUUUUUACUGUUGGGUUGCUAUGCUAACCCUUUCAUUAAUAUGAUUUGGUGGUGUCCGGCUGACUGCUGUUGUGCAUUUAGCAUAUUUUUAUAUUUACUUAUAUUCUGGGCUGCUUAAAUAAUGCUUGCACAAUUAUUACAACCACUGCUGUUUAAUAAAGAGAUGCAACGGA